CUCCGACGCACCGUAGCGACUGUAUCCCCGGCCCGGUGGGCUGGGAGGCUGAAGUCCGGCUCAGCUUGGGAGGGGGUCCCUGAUGGCUGCGGUUUUUCUGGUGACUCUCUAUGAGUACUCCCCUCUUUUCUACAUCGCUGUGGUCUUUACUUGCUUCAUCGUGACCACCGGCCUGGUUCUGGGAUGGUUUGGUUGGGAUGUUCCAGUAAUUCUAAGAAACUCAGAAGAGACCCAGUUCAGCACAAGAGUUUUCAAAAAGCAGAUGAGACAAGUCAAGAAUCCUUUUGGUUUAGAGAUCGCUAAUCCAUCUUCAGCUUCAAUCACAACUGGCAUAACCUUGACAACAGAUUGCCUUGAAGAUAGCCUCCUUACUUGCUACUGGGGGUGCAGUGUUCAAAAGUUAUAUGAAGCUCUGCAGAAGCACGUUUAUUGCUUCAGAAUAAACACUCCCCAAGCAUCAGAAAAUGCUCUAUAUAGUGAAUAUCUCCAUCAAGAACAGUAUUUUAUUAAAAAGGACAGCAAAGAAGAAAUAUAUUGCCAGUUACCAAAAGAUACCAAAAUUGAAGACUUUGGGACAGUGCCCAGAUCCCGCUAUCCAUUGGUGGCAUUGUUGACCUUAGCUGAUGAGGAUGACCGAGAAAUUUAUGAUAUUAUUUCAAUGGUAUCAGUAAUUCAUAUUCCUGAUAAGACUUAUCAACUUUCCUGCAGAAUAUUGUAUCAAUAUUUACUCCUGGCUCAAGGUCAAUUUUAUGAUCUAAAGCAACUUUUCAUGUCUGCAAAUAAUAAUUCCACUCCCUCAAGCAAUUCUUCCCCAGAAGAAAAAGACACAGAAAGAAGUUUGUUGGAAAAAGCUGGACUAGCUGAAAGUGAAGUGGAGACACCUGAGGAGAACAUUAAGGACUGUGUUGUUUGCCAGAAUGGGACAGUGAACUGGGUGCUCUUGCCGUGUCGACACACGUGCUUGUGUGAUGGCUGUGUUAAAUAUUUUCAGCAGUGCCCAAUGUGCAGGCAGUUUGUUCAGGAGUCUUUUGCACUCUGUAGUCAAAAAGAGCAAGAUAAAGACAAGCUGAAAACUCUUUGAGGAUGUUGUUAAAACACAAAAGUACACUUUAUACUGAAGAUGCAGAAAUUUGUGUUUUUGGAAUUCAUCAUAACAUGGAAUCUACAGUAUUGACCUUCAGUGAAAAUUAUAUUCUAACUUCAUAUGUGUGCAGUACUUGGAUGAUAAAAAUUAAUUAUUCCUUCCUGCACAGUAUGGUAACUAUUGGAAUACCAUCUUUGUUAAUCAUAAAAAUUUGUCUCUUGAGAUGAAACAUUUGGCCUUUUAUCAAUUAGAGAAUGUCAUAUAAUGUUGAUUAGAACAAUCUUUUUGAAAAGCAGUCCAUCCGAAAUUUAGGGGACGUAAAAGUGUUAAGAUUGCUAGGUGUUUCUUCUUUGACAUAUUCUGGAAUACAAAAACUUAAUUCUUAAAGUAAUUAUAUGUCCCACAGUUUACAAAGGAGUUAGAAGGGUUCCUUACUUCAAUUCCUUCCUGAAGUAUCUGUUUUUCUAAAUAUCCAUCUGUUUGGUUUCUAAUUUCCCUUAUCGUAGUUACAUAAACCAAAGUUUCAAGUUUUAAAUAUAAGUUCUUAAAUCAUAAAUGCAAGAUAUAAUUCUUGACUGUUGUCAUUGUAUCAUAGAUUAAGAUGAUACUCAUCUGAGAGGCAGAUAUAAAAUUUGAAAAGUAAAAUUUCUUGUCAGAUGUGAUUAGAUAAGCAGAAUGGCACAUCUUAUAAAAUGUAGUGUAUUCUACCAAUGAAGAUCCAUUUUCUCUGUGAGACUCAUAAUGUCCUACCUUAGAUUUCCUCCUGCACAGUGAAUCCAUCCAAAAUUGGAGGGGUUUUGGAGCCAGAAAAUUCACUACGAGAAACCUCAGUAAUAAUUAUUUUUCUAGUGUAUUUUUAUUACAAAUAAACCCCAUUCUCUUCUGAAAAGUAAAUUAUUUUGUUCAUCUGUUAUGAUAUCCAUGAAGAGUUGAGGCACCUAAUAGGCAAAAAAGACCCAUCUCCCACUCUUUCCAAAAUAACUGAAAAAAGAAAGGCAAACUAGAGCUGCCUGUGUAUUCAGUAGACAUCACCUUCAAGAAAGUAGGUCAUGGCAAAUAAACUGAUAUUUAGGGAGAUGCCAAA